AUGGAUGUAAGGGAUUCGGCCGAAGGCGGCCCGGUCAUGAGCCAGCUCCAGCUUGUCAACAGGCUGAGCGAGAGCCGGAGUCCCUAUGUGCGGGGCCAUAUGCACAAUCCUGUUGCAUGGCAGAUGUGGGGCCCCGAGGCCCUUGAGUUGGCGAGAAAGACAAACAGGCUGCUGUUUGUGAGCAUUGGAUAUGCUGCCUGUCACUGGUGCCAUGUCAUGGAGCGCGAGUCCUUCGAGAACCCGGAAAUCGCAAACAUCCUCAACAAAAACUUCAUCCCCAUAAAAGUUGAUCGCGAGGAGCGUCCCGAUGUCGACCGCAUAUACAUGAACUAUGUGCAGGCCACUACUGGCUCCGGAGGCUGGCCACUCAACGUCUUUAUCACUCCGGAUCUCGAGCCCAUCUUCGGUGGCACAUACUGGCCCGGGCCUGGCUCUACCACGGUUCUGGGCGACCACCCUUCGUUCCUGGAAAUAUUGGACAGGAUCAAGGAUGUCUGGCAGACCCAACGCCAAAGAUGUCUGGAGUCUGCGAAGGAGGUCACGGCUCAGUUGCGCGAGUUUGCCCAGGAAGGUACCAUCAGUAAGAAUGGCGAGGGCGUUGUUGGAGACAGCUUGGAUUUGGAAUUGCUGGAAGAGGCAUACACGCACUUUGCCAACAAGUACGACAAGCAGAAUGCCGGCUUCGGGAAGGCACCUAAAUUUCCAACUCCGGCUAACCUGUCGUUCCUCCUGCGUCUUGAGCAAUAUCCUGAAGCCGUGGAGCAUGUUGUUGGCGACAAGGAAUGCGCGCAGGCAAAAGAUAUGGCUGUCGAGACCCUUCGAAGGAUGACUCAUGGAGGCAUCCAUGAUCAGGUCGGUAAUGGCUUCGCUCGGUACUCGGUAACACAGGACUGGAGUCUACCUCACUUCGAGAAGAUGCUCUACGACCAGGCCCAACUCCUCACGGCCUAUCUAGAUGCGUACUUCGUCACCAAGGACCCUGAGCUGCUCGGUGCCGCUCACGACAUCGCAACAUAUCUCACGAGCCCUCCGCUUCAGUCCAAGGAUGGUGGAUUUUUCUCUUCCGAAGAUGCGGACUCACUGUACCGUUCCAAUGACAAGGAGAAGCGUGAGGGGGCUUUCUACGUGUGGACCAGGAAGGAGUUCAAGACCAUCUUGGGGGAAAAGGAUGCGGAAGUGUGCUGCAGGUACUUUAACGUCCGCGAAAACGGCAACGUCAGUCCUGAGCAUGAUGCUCACGACGAACUCAUCAACCAGAACGUCUUGGCAAUCAGCUCCACACCAGAAGCUCUUGCAAAGGAGUUUGGCUUGUCAAAAGACGAAGUUACCAGGAUUCUCGAAAGCGGAAGGAGUAGGCUGCUAGAGCACAGGAACAAGGAGCGGCCUCGUCCAAGCUUGGACGAUAAGAUCGUAGUCGCCUGGAACGGUCUUGCUAUCGGCGCUCUUGCACGGUUCAGCGCGUUUCUGGAUGCGACCGGUUCGGACAAGGCUAUCGUCUAUCGCCAGGCCGCAGAGAAGGCAGUGCACUUCAUCAAAUCAACACUGUACAGCUCUACCGAUGCCUCGCUCAAGCGCAUAUACCGUCAGGGUCCUGGAGACGCGCCCGCCUUUGCGGAUGACUAUGCGUUCCUUAUUUCCGGUCUAAUCGACCUCUACGAAGCUACUUUCGACGACUCCUACCUCGAGUUCGCCGACCAACUACAGCACACGCAAAUAAAGUGCUUUUGGGACUCGAUGUCUGGAGGUUUCUUUUCUACCGCAGAAGGACAGAGCGAUCUCAUCCUACGUCUGAAGGAUGGCAUGGACAACGCCGAGCCCAGCACGAACGGCAUCUCCGCCGCCAACUUAUACCGCCUCGGCGCUUUGCUUGAGGACGCGGACUAUGUGAAGCGCGCUAAGGAAACAUGUGGAGCUUUCGAGGCAGAGAUCCUGCAACAUCCCUUCCUGUUCCCGAGCAUGCUCGGCGGCAUAGUGGCUCUGAGGCUGGGCGUAAAGAGCAUUGUCGUAACUGGCAAGGGCGAAAAUGUUGAGAAGGCCAUCAAGAAGGCGAGGAGCGGGAUUUCCACCAACACGACAGUGGCGCGAUUGGGUGAGGGGGUCAAAAGCGAGUGGUUGCGCAAGAGGAACGAGGUGUUCAAGCAUCUUGAUGUGAAGGCGCCGCGUGUACAGGUGUGUGAGGGCGGUGUCUGCAAAGAUGAGUUGGACAUGUCAGACAUGGGUAAGGCGCUGCCCGAUGUCAAGUGA